AUGAGAGAAAUCAUUCAUAUCUCGACGGGUCAAUGUGGUAACCAGAUAGGUGCAGCAUUUUGGGAGACCAUCUGUGGCGAGCACGGGCUCGACUUCAAUGGUAACUACCAUGGUCAAGACGACAUCCAAAAGGCGCGUUUGAACGUGUAUUUCAACGAAGCUUCCUCCGGAAAGUGGGUCCCUCGGUCUGUUAAUGUCGACUUGGAACCAGGUACCAUCGACGCCGUACGCAACUCACGUAUUGGUAACCUGUUCAGACCAGACAACUACAUCUUUGGCCAAUCGUCUGCCGGCAACGUGUGGGCCAAAGGUCACUAUACUGAAGGUGCCGAGUUGGUAGACUCUGUUAUGGACGUUAUCAGACGCGAAGCUGAAGGUUGUGACUCUUUGCAAGGUUUCCAAAUCACACACUCUCUGGGAGGUGGUACCGGUUCAGGUAUGGGUACUUUGUUGAUCUCCAAGAUUAGAGAAGAAUUUCCAGACAGAAUGAUGGCUACUUUCUCAGUCGUGCCUUCUCCAAAAACUUCUGAUACCGUUGUUGAACCUUACAAUGCGACUUUAUCCGUUCACCAAUUGGUGGAACAUUCCGACGAGACUUUCUGUAUCGACAACGAGGCACUGUACGAUAUUUGUCAAAGAACUCUAAAACUAAGUCAGCCUUCCUACAGCGACUUGAACCAUUUGGUAUCAUCCGUAAUGUCUGGUGUCACAACCUCGCUACGUUAUCCAGGUCAAUUAAACUCCGACUUGAGAAAAUUGGCUGUGAACUUGGUACCAUUCCCUCGUCUACAUUUUUUCAUGGUCGGUUAUGCACCAUUGACCUCUAUUGGAUCCCAAUCUUUCAGAUCACUCACUGUUCCAGAGUUAACACAACAAAUGUUCGACGCCAAAAACAUGAUGGCCGCUUCUGACCCAAGAAAUGGUAGAUAUUUGACAGUGGCUGCUUUCUUCAGAGGUAAAGUUUCCGUAAAAGAAGUUGAAGACGAAAUGCACAAGGUUCAAACUAGAAACUCAUCUUAUUUCGUCGAAUGGAUUCCUAACAACGUGCAAACCGCAGUUUGUUCUGUGGCCCCCAAGGAUUUGGAUAUGUCCGCUACUUUCAUCGGUAACUCCACCUCUAUCCAAGAAUUAUUCAAGAGAGUCGGUGACCAAUUUGGAGCCAUGUUCAAGAGGAAGGCAUUUUUGCACUGGUACACCAGCGAAGGUAUGGAUGAAUUGGAAUUUUCCGAAGCCGAGUCUAAUAUGAAUGAUUUGGUCAGCGAAUACCAACAAUAUCAAGAGGCAACCGUGGAGGAAGACGAAGAAUUGGAGUAUGCUGACGAACAACCAAUGGCUGAGAAUUUUGAAUAG